CACACCCUCUCUCUCUAUAUAUAUAUAUGAGCCCAUUCUUAUAUAGAGUUCAUUAAUGGACUAAUCACACCUCAAACAUUAUAAUGGGAAAAGGGAGUAUGCAAAUUAUUUUGUUAAGAUUGGGAAUAGCUUUAUGGGGUCUGUAUAUCAUUGGAAGUGUGUCAUCACAUGAUCAACCAUUUUCAAAGAUUUCAAUACAUGAGACUGUUUUUGCUCUUAAUGAUGCUGCUUAUGCUAAAGCAUCUCCUUUGGUUCUUGGAUUAAAGGGUCAAACCUCUGAAUGGUUGACUUUAACAUUGCACAAUCCAAACCCAUCAGUUGAUGACUGGGUUGGAGUAUUCUCGCCUGCCAAUUUCAGUGCUUCAACGUGCACCCCUGGCAGUUCGAUGGUGGCUCCACCAUUAUUAUGUACUUCACCUAUUAAGUUCCAGUAUGCCAAUUAUAGCACUCCUAACUACAAAGACACAGGAAAAGCAUCAUUGAAGUUUCGAUUGAUAAACCAAAGAUCUGACUUCUCUUUUGGAUUGUUUUCUGGUGGAUUAUCAAAGCCAAAACUUGUGGCAGUUUCAAACUCGGUUGCUUUUGCAAGUCCAAAUGCACCAAAUUACCCUCGUUUAGCACAAGGAAAGACUUGGAAUGAAAUGACUGUAACAUGGACGAGUGGAUAUGGAAUUGAUGCAGCGGAACCUUUUGUUGAAUGGGGUCGUAAAGGCGAGGAGAAGCAACGUUCUUUUGCUUCGACACUGACUAUUGACAGAAGCAACCUGUGUGGAGCACCUGCACGAACUGUUGGUUGGCGUGAUCCUGGAUUCAUUCAUACGGGAUUCUUGAAAGAUCUGUGGCCCAACUCAAUGUACACCUACAAACUAGGCCACAAGCUUUUGAACGGUUCGGUUAUUUGGAGCACAGUUAACCAGUUCAGAUCAUCUCCAUACCCUGGUCAAGCCUCUUUACAACGUGUGAUCAUUUUUGGAGAUAUGGGAAAGGAUGAAGCUGAUGGGUCAAACGACUACAAUAAUUAUCAACACGGUUCACUUAACACAACCAAACAACUUAUUGGAGACUUGAAGAGCUAUGACAUAGUCUUCCACAUUGGAGAUAUCUGUUAUGCCAAUGGGUAUCUCUCACAAUGGGAUCAAUUUACUGAACAAGUGGAGCCAAUUGCCUCUGCAGUACCUUAUAUGAUAGCUAGUGGUAAUCACGAGCGUGACUGGCCCAACUCAGGGUCUUAUUAUGAGAACAACGAUUCAGGAGGAGAAUGUGGUGUUUUGGCUGAGACUAUGUUUUAUGUUCCUGCUGAAAACCGAGCUAAAUUUUGGUACUCUACAGAUUAUGGAAUGUUCAGAUUUUGUAUUGCUGAUACCGAACAUGACUGGAGAGAGGAAACUGAACAGUAUAAGUUCAUUGAGCAGUGUUUUGCAUCUGUAGAUAGACAAAAGCAACCGUGGCUUAUAUUUCUUGCACAUCGUGUGCUCGGUUACUCAUCUACUUCGUUCUAUGCCACGGAUGGAGCUUUUGGGGAACCUAUGGGGAGAGAGAGUCUUCAAAAGCUCUGGCAGAAGUACAAAGUUGAUAUAGCCAUUUAUGGUCACGCACACAAUUAUGAAAGAACUUGUCCUAUUUAUGAGAAUACUUGUACGAGUAACGAGAAGCACACUUACAAGGGAAGCUUGAACGGGACAAUCCAUGUGGUGGCAGGAGGUGGAGGAGCAAGUCUUUCGAAUUUCGCCAACAUUAACACUACUUGGAGUCUAGUGAAAGAUGUCGAUUAUGGGUUCUUAAAACUCACAGCUUUUGACCAUUCUAACCUUCUGUUCGAAUACAAGAAGAGCAGUAAUGGUAACGUUCACGACUCCUUUACAAUAUCUAGAGAUUACAAAGAUAUCUUGGCCUGCACAGUUGAUAGUUGCCCAACCAAAACUCUGGCAACUUAGCCUCAAACUUAUGCUUCAACGGACAUUUGACUUCAAAUUACUACCUUAUCUGUUUAAUUAUGUUUUUUGAGUGUACAAUUCUCAGUUGGCCUCUAUUUUUCCGAGCACAAGCUUUAUAUAAAGCGAUCUUUUAAAGUAUGGCAUUUGAUUGUACCUGUGGAUCCAGUAUAGUAUGAUGAAGAGAUAGAAUGAUUUAAAGCUAGACUAGUUGCAUAAUGUUAAAACAUUCGGUUGACAUUUUGAUUCUUAAUUUGAGUGUUUGGAAACAAACUGUUAUAGCUUUUUGAUA